ACUGGUUUCCCUAGAGCAGCCAACAUUGAUUUUCUCCGGGCCGAGAGCGGAGGCGGCGGGGUCGAGGGACCCGGCGGCGGCAGCGGCAGCAGCCGGCAGUGCGGGGGGGCCGGCUGCGGGCUGCAGCCGCUGCAGGCGGAGAGCAUGUCCAAACCGGUGGACCACGUCAAGCGGCCCAUGAACGCUUUCAUGGUGUGGUCCCGGGCCCAGCGACGCAAAAUGGCUCAGGAAAACCCCAAAAUGCACAACUCGGAGAUCAGCAAACGGCUGGGGGCCGAGUGGAAACUGCUCACCGAGUCGGAGAAGCGACCUUUCAUAGACGAGGCGAAGCGCCUGCGGGCUAUGCACAUGAAGGAGCAUCCUGACUACAAGUACCGGCCGCGGAGGAAGCCCAAGACCCUGCUCAAGAAGGACAAGUUCGCUUUCCCGGUGCCCUACGGCCUGGGCGGCGUGGGAGACCCGGAGCACCACGGGCUGAAGGCGGGGGGCGGGCUGCACGGGGGCGCCGGGAGCGGGCUGGUGCCCGAGUCUCUGCUCGCCAACCCGGAGAAAGCCGCGGCGGCCGCGGCCGCCGCCGCCGCGCGCGUUUUCUUUCCUCAGUCGGCAGCUGCGGCGGCCGCGGCCGCAGCCGCUGCGGCCAGCAGCCCCUACUCUCUGCUGGACCUGGGCUCUAAAAUGGCAGAGAUCUCCUCGUCCUCCUCGGGGCUCCCCUACGCGUCCUCUCUGGGUUACCCGACGGCGGGCGCUGGUGCCUUCCACGGGGCCGCCGCAGCAGCUGCAGCCGCUGCUGCCGCCGCCGGGGGGCACACGCACUCGCACCCCAGCCCCGGCAACCCAGGCUACAUGAUUCCGUGCAACUGCAGCGCCUGGCCAAGCCCGGGACUUCAGCCGCCCCUCGCCUACAUCCUGUUGCCCGGCAUGGGCAAACCUCAGCUGGACCCUUACCCUGCAGCCUACGCCGCGGCGUUAUGACCCAGCGCGGGGUGCAGCAGCAGCAGCUACAAACGUGUGUAAAUAUCUGUACAAAUAGGGGUGGCUUUAAUAAUGAGGUUUCAGCUAUACAGCCGCGCAUGUACAUAUGUAUAGGUAUGAGCUAUAUGUCCUCCUACCCUCUCCUCCUUAUUGUGAUUGUCUGUAUAUAUCCGUAUAUAAUAUGUAUAGGUACCCAAGUCAGAGGCGAAAGUGAUGCACGAGUGCGAAAGGUGUAUGAGCGCGUGUAUGUUGUUUGUUUACAAGAUCAUUUCAGACCGUCACUUCUACCGCAAACUUUUCUUGAGGGGCGGUUGUUGUCUGAACAUCAGUGGUGUCUCCUAUGCACUUCUGUACCUGUUGCGUUUUGCCCAUUGGGGUUGAAUGGGGGAAAAAGUUGGUUUUCCUUUUUUUUUUCUUUCCUAUUUUUUUCCCCUUUAUUCUGCUCGUUGUUGCAUGCAUUCUAUUCAAGUUUCCAUCCGAAAAUGCUUUCUGACCAACUUGGGAAAGCUGAUUUAUUAUUAGUUUCGCGGAGCUGUGGUGCUCUGGGCCAUGUUUACCUAUCUGAACUCCGCAAAUGUCUCCCCCCCCCCCCCCAACAAGCAGAACA